UGUCCACUCUGAUUUCAAACCCUAUAAAGUACUAGUAGUAGUGUGACCCCCACCUUGAAAGAUAAGAACAGCCUUACAAUAGAAAAAAAAUAAAAAAAAAUGAGGCCAAAAAAGCAAACCAAACCCAUUCAAUUUCAAUUCCAAUUCCAAUUCCAAUUCCAUUAAAGAAAAAGAAAAAAUCGGAACUUUCUCAUCACUUUCUCUCUACCCAUUCACGCCCGCACAAUAUAAUAAUCCAUAUAUAUACAUUUUCUUUGUUUGUUUUAUGGGAAAAUCACUCCCAUCUACGGCCAGGCUCCAAGACUUCGCUAGAAUCAUCGCCUCAGACAAGCUCCAGCAGCGUCCCAAACGCAUUAAGCCCGUUCCCAAAACCCGGGUUGAUCCGAGGGGGGUCCGAGUUGAAUCGGAACGCUUGAGGGUGAAGAAGAUGGAGGAGAGCUCGAGAGAGGCGGCGAGGCGGCUAGAGCAGCCGAGCCGAGUGCCUCUGGCUGAGGUGGUUACCGACUGCGUGAAGCGGUGGUUUCAGGACACCCUCAAGGAGGCCAAAGCCGGUGACAGCGCUAUGCAAGUUUUGGUGGGUCAGAUGUAUUUCAGUGGCUAUGGUGUCCCUAGAGAUGAGCAGAAGGGACGUGCUUGGAUGAGUAGAGCUUCGAGGAGUCGAUCCUCAGUAUGGAAAGUCAGUGACAAACAUCCAGGUUACAAUGCAAGUGACUCGGAUUCAGAUGAAAUGAAGGGUGAUGCCAAAUAAGUAUAUUUGAUCUUUCUUAAUAUUGACAACGGCAAAUGUAUCCUUGGGCUGUGCAACUGACCAGAAUUCUGUGACGCCCCAGGCUGGCUGCAGUUUUCCUUUCAUUAGCUUUAUUUUUUCUUUUUCCUUUUAUUUUUUCGUCAAGUUUUCUUGAUUCUGUUCUUAACCUUGUAUUUACACUGAUGUUUUUCCGCUUGUAUUUAGACUAAUGUGUUAGUUUGAAUCAUGUUGAUGUUUCUAUUUCUUCAGCUGAAAUUGUGUGAUUGACGGGAUUCCCGAGGCAGCAACUGCUGUAUUGAAUAAACUCGAAGGGGCUGUUCAGUGUAGCUCUAAUGGUUUUCUCUUUUUCUUUUUCUUUUUAUUUAUCUUAAAUUUUAGAAUUUUGUAUUAGAAUGUUUGGUGCAAUUGCUGCAUACAAUGUAUGAAGCAAAAAUAGAUUAAAAAAAUUGAUUAUUGAGAAGUA